AUGUCCCCUUCUAGUCCGAAUAUCCCAUCGCAAAGGUUACCGAACGCCUUGCCGGAGUGGGUCAUCUGGUCUAAACGCCCUCACGACCCUUCCAACGCUCCCGGAAUAAUUUUUUCCCCUAGAACUAAUCCUCCGGCUCAUAUCGUCCGUGACGCGCUCCCGAUUCCUCCUCCACCAGAAGCACCACCGGCAACGUCGGAAGUUGUUCUGUCCCAACCGGUAUCGCUCCCUGAGGAAUCCAGAGGCGAAAAUCUUAAUGAUGACGCAAGCGAUGGUUUACAUCAGGACUCGUCCUCGUCGUCUUCUCAUGCUACUUCAACCGUCCCAUCCUCCUCGGCCACAGAGAUAACAGAUACGCCUACUCUCCCAGGAUCUCCUGUGUCUACCAAUACAUCCGUAUCCCUAUCCGACGCACCUAACAGCGCGAAGCUUCCAGAAAUCGCUGAUCCCACUAAGGCAUCCUCGCCAACUGCGACAUUAGAGACAGCAGUACCUUCUACGGUGAAAGUUGUCCCAGCCCCCAUCAAAAAGUCGUGGGCAUCACUUCUCCAGACACCGUCUUCAAGUGGCUCUUCGACGUCAAAAAAUGCCCUACCGACGUCAACUGUCCUUGGUUUCUCGAUACCUGCAUCCGCACAGGCCCCCGUCUCACCCAGCAAAAAGCCCGACCUCAUUGCCCUGCUCACGACUGGGCCCACGGCUAAAAAUGCGCCUAGCACCAGCAAACUUAGGCCGCGAGGCCUCAUCAAUACAGGCAACAUGUGUUUUGCUAACUCGGUCCUGCAGAUCCUGCUUUACUGCCCGCCAUUUUUUAAGCUCUUCUACGAGCUUAGCAGGUUGGUUGGUAGCGGGGCUAAGAUAUUAGCCGAGGCUCAUCUGACGGAGGCCACGAUGACAUUCCUCAAGGAGUUCUUCGAGGACGAGAAAGAAGAUGAAAAAGAACCUGGAUCUUCUGCUGCCGCGCAGGGAAAGGGUAAGGAAAAAAUGGCGGUUAACGAUGAUGAUUGGGAGAGGGAGUCCUUCAUUCCGACGUAUAUCUAUGAUGCGCUGAAGGAAAAGAAACGGUUCGAUAACAUGCGGGGCGGACAUCAAGAGGAUGCGGAAGAAUUCCUCGGAUUCUAUUUGGAUACUCUGGAAGAGGAACUGCUGUCUAUCCUUCAAUCCAUAACCUCUCAGAAAGGCUCAGGUCGCACUUUGAUAGAGGAGAAAGAAGAGGAUGCACCCCCUCAGGAUGACGGAUGGCUUGAAGUUGGUAAACGCAACCGUUCCGUAGUAACCAGGAUGAUUAAAAAUACAGAAUCCCCCAUAACGCGAGUCUUUGGAGGUAAAUUCCGGUCAACGUUGCGAGCUCCAGGGCAAAAAGACUCUGUCAUCAUAGAAGACUGGAGAGCUAUCCGCCUUGACAUACAGCCGGACCACAUACACACGAUAGACGAUGCUCUAUCUUACAUCUCCCAUCCUCAAUCUGUUCAAAUGUCGCUUCCCACUCGACCAGGCGUUGCUGUGGAAGCCAGUCAACAGGUGCUGAUCGAAGCCUUGCCACCCAUUCUCAUACUGCACAUCAAACGAUUCCACUUCGAUACCGAAUUCGGUGGCGCGGUGAAGGUGGGAAAACAAGUGAGGUUUGGGCCUGAGCUUGAAAUUCGACCAGAACUUAUGUCACCUACUGUUCGGAAGGGUCAGCCUGUGCGGUACAGAUUGUUCGGCGCUGUGUAUCACCAUGGAGUGUCUGCAUCUGGUGGUCACUACACUUUGGAUGUACUACACCCGCAUCGGUACCCCAGUUUCAACCCCAGUGUGAAACCUAGAGAAGGAUGGAUCCGUAUAGAUGACGAAUUGGUGUCGGACGUUCGAAAUGAGGACGUCUUCGAAGCAUGGGAUCGGGACGAUGCUCGGACAGCAUACUUGUUGUUCUAUCGCCGAGCUCGGUAG